UUUUGACUGAGAGUGACACUGACAGUGACAGCCAGCUGAUUAUAAAAAUAAACAUUACGAUUGUCAAAAAUAAUUUGUGAGUAAUUUAUGUGAAUUAAAAGUAAUAGAUGAAUAACAAUUAUUCCAAAGUUUUUACUUUAUCAUGUCUUGGUGACCCUUCAUGUACCACCAUUCUUGAAAACGCAAAGUAAUGUCUGGCCAAGACAGCAUAGAAGCUGCUGUAGAAGCUGCCAAAAAGGCAGUACAGUUUGAUCAGCAAGGCGAGAGCACUAUAGCAGCUUAUUACUAUGAAGCAGCAGUUCGACUUCUUAACCAGGCAGCAGCAGAAUUGUCUCCAGACCAACAAGAGUCCUUGAUGAAAAAGGCUACAGAUUACAGUAGUAGAGCCAGUGAAUUGAAAAAUAGGACUCCAGAGCUAAAAAUUGAGGAAGACAGUUCAAAAACAGAAGCUAAAACUCGUUUAAAACAGUGCCAUUUUUUAUUACAACAAGCUAUAGAGGAAGAUGAGCAGGGUGACAAAGAUGAAGCAAUUGAAUUGUAUGCUCAAGCUGUGGAGUAUUGCACUCAGUAUCCCGACUUGAUGCAAGGAGAGUUAAGAGCAUUGAUAUUGCAAGCAUUAGAUAGGGCUGAAGAACUCAAAGGUAUAAAAAGAAAUGAUCCAGCAUCCCCUUCUGCACCAUCUCCAGCAAAAGUUAUCCAACAAAAACCAACCACAUCUGUCACACCAAGGCACAAACCUGAGUUACACAGAGGUACCAGUGUGCAUUUGCAGGUAUCAGGUCAGGACACUUACAGUGAAGAAGAAAAACAGGUGCUUUUGCAUACUUCAAGGAUCAACAAGAGAGAAUAUGUGCCUUUCAUGAGUGUGGAUUUAUCAGAAAAAUUCCAGUAUUCCAUUCCAUUCACUGAUAAGGAUGGGCCAUUGCCACUGGUUGAAAAGCAGAAGAGGGAUUUUUAUAAGUUUGCAAGACCAGAAGAGAUUUGCAGUGAUCCCUGUAUCGUCGCAGGGCAGUAUCCGAAUUAUUUGAGCAUAAAACAAACAGUUAUAUCAGACUGUUCUUUUGUAGCUAGUCUUGCUGUUAGUGCAAAUUAUGAAAGAAAAUUUGGAAGAAAGUUGGUGACAGCUAUCAUCUAUCCUCAGUCUAGGGAUAAAAAGCCAUUAUAUAAUCCUUUUGGAAAAUAUAUGAUAAAGCUCCAUAUAAAUGGUGUGGCCAGAAAAGUUAUUAUAGAUGAUAGUUUACCAAUAGAUCGUUUUGGAAGAUUGUUAUGUUCAUAUUCCAGUAAUAAAAAUGAAUUUUGGGUAUCAUUUUUGGAAAAAGCUUACAUGAAAGUGAUGGGCGGAUAUGAUUUUCCAGGAAGUAAUAGUAAUAUCGACUUACACGCUUUAACCGGUUGGAUACCAGAAAGAGUGGCAAUUCGAUUGAAAGAACCAGAUUUCAACAAAGAAUCGCUUUUUAACACUCUUGAAACCAGAAUGGAAAAAGGUGAUGUUUUAGUGACAGUUGCGACUGGGGAUCUGUCAGAUUACGAGAGUGAAAGAAGUGGAUUGGUUCCUACGCAUGCUUACGCUGUCAUGGACGUGCAAACUGUCGAAAACGUCAAAUUGCUGAAAUUAAAAAAUCCAUGGUCUCACUUGAGAUGGAGAGGAAACUAUUCAGAGCUGGACACGAAGCACUGGACCCCCGAAUUACAGAGACUACUAAAUUAUGAUCCAAAUAGUGCAGCUCAGUUUGAUAAUGGAGUAUUCUGGAUAGAUUAUGAGAGCGUUCUCAGAUUUUUCGAUGUCUUUUAUAUGAAUUGGAAUCCAGAACUGUUUAGUUAUACUUACUGCAUCCAUCAGUCCUGGCAUGCAGGAACAGGUCCAGUGAAAGAUGUAUACACAAUUGGUUCAAACCCUCAAUAUUCCUUGGACAUAAAAACAGAAAGUUCUGGAGCCGUGUGGCUGUUACUCACCAGACAUAUUACUGAAAUAGAUGAUUUCAGAGAAAACAAGGAAUAUAUAACAUUGUUCGUCUACAAAGGCGGUCGGAAAGUAUAUUAUCCAUUUGAUCCGCCUCCAUAUAUAGAUGGUGUCAAAAUAAAUAGUCCACACUACCUGUGCAAAAUAAUUCUGAAUCCAAGUAGUAGUAGGAAAUAUACGGUUGUUGUCUCACAGUACGAAAAAUCUACAACAAUCUAUUAUACGCUUAGAGCAUACGCGACUUGUCCAUUCACGUUGACAAAGAUAGUAGAUCCAUAUAGAUACGAAAAACAGGUAACUGGACAGUGGGAAGGAAUAACAGCAGGUGGUUGUCCAAACCACCCAAUGACAUACCCAUAUAACCCUAAGUAUAAAGUAGAGGUUGAUUCUCCUUCAAACAGUAAUCAGCUGUUGGUAGAGUUGAAAGGUCCUAAACAAUAUCAAAUGGGCUUUGACGUUUCGAUUCUGAAGCUCAAUGAUGAGACUGUCACUGCGCCGUUUAGGUCCAGAUCUUCAGGGGCGUAUAGGUCUGGGUACAUUGUGAUGGAACUAGACAACAUUCCGUCUGGAGUGCUGCAAGUAACUCCGUCCACUUUUCUACCACAACAAGAAGGGCCAUUUAUAUUAAUCGUGAAAUCCUCGGCACCUAUUCAGAUAUCGAGGAUGUAAUGUUACUUCAUUCAGCUUAUAUUUAACUGUGAUAAUUUACACGUGAUUUGUCUUUUUCAUAGCACGGUUUUAAAUUCAGCAUGCAUUUAAAUAAUAUCAGCCUUUAAGGCUAUUAAUGUUUUUUUCGACUUUCAAUAUGUUUUAUUAUAAUUUUUGACAUAUUGAAAUUUGACAUCAUUUGUUUGUUGACCGAUUUUUUGUCGUGAUUUUGAAAGACAAAAUUCAUUUGUUACAAAUGACCAUAUUAUUAUUCCGGUGCAUGAUUUAGGGCCGUAUCGUCAGUCUUUACUACAAUUGUAGGACGCCUUUAUGGCCUCCUUGAUUUCGAUAGUCUUCUCUAUUCUACAGAAAGGCCGGGGUAUGUCUAGAUUCCUACCGAUCCAUGUCAGCAUCAGCGCUCUUCUUUUGUGAAGUUAUGUUUUCUUUUUGAAUUUGAAUUGCAGUGAAUUUCAGGCUGAUAAAACAAAUGAUAUAAAUCAAAAUCAUGAACAGUUUGAUGGAAAUAGAUAUUUGUGACAUAACCUCAAAAUAGAGCGGAGACACGGAGCAGUAGAGAACAACUAUGAAAAUCAAGAAGGCCAUAAAAGCAACCUACAAUAAUUGUAGGAACGACUGACGAUCAAAAAAUCAAGGAGCCAUGCAGGCGUCAUGCAAUUGGAGGAACGACUGAGGAUACGGCCCGACCGUUAGACGUAUUAGGAAAUAAUAUAUUUCUCUUUUCUGUGAAUCUUUUUAGGGACACGAAUUAUUUUUAACUAGUAUUUUCGAAUCAAUUCUAAAGAAAAUAAUGUUCCUAGUUAAGGAUCAUCAUUUAAUAAGAUUAUUUCCGAAACAUAUAUUGUAAUUGGUGAUUGAUAUAGUAAAUAAUGCAGCUUUAAAUUUACGAUGUCCUCAGUGUCAGCAAUUAAAUGCCUCAUUCAUAAAAUUGUCAUUUCUAAGGUCUAAAUGUAAUUUUUUGAAGUUUAUAUAGUAUAUUUAUAAGAUACUUUGUUUAGAAAAUAAAGGAUGUUGUUGAAUUGAGA